UAUUACGCAGGGUCAAGGUCAAUGAGGAUAAACAUGGCCGCGCACAUGUUUCAGUACCUGUGGCGUGUGCCAGGGCGUUUUAAUCAGCUUACCACCAGGAUGCUGUUGAGUGAGACCCAGGUUAAAAUCACUUGGAAUGCCCAAAAGCUUUUUUGCACAAAUACACCACCGACAAGCGCUGUUGAUAAGCCUCACUGUAAUAUUGGGACGAUAGGGCACGUUGAUCACGGUAAAACCACUUUGACAGCGGCAAUUACUAAAGUACUUGCAAGUAAAACGGGGAGCAGAACCCGAUUUAUCAAAUAUGAUGAAAUUGACAGAGCGCCCCAAGAAAAGCUGCGUGGAAUAACAAUUAAUUCUACUCAUGUUGAAUACGAAACUGAUAACAGGCACUAUGCGCACACCGACUGUCCAGGUCAUCUUGAUUAUGUCAAAAACAUGAUUACAGGAGCUUCGCAAAUGGAUGGAGCAAUAUUAGUGGUAGCUGCUACAGAUGGCACUAUGCCACAGACAAGAGAACACUUGCUUCUGGCACGACAGAUCGGGAUAAAGAAUGUUGUUGUAUACAUCAAUAAAACAGACAUGGUAGAUGGAGAACUUGUUGAGCUUGUAGAAUUAGAAAUUCGAGAUCUAUUGACUGAAUAUGGAUACAAUGGAGAUACCACUCCUGUUAUUGCCGGAUCAGCUCUUAAAGCUUUACAUGGGACUGAUCCAGAUAUUGGUGAGGACUCAAUUCACAGCUUGUUGAAAGGCAUAGAUCAGCAUGUGCAGAUCCCUGAUCGAGACACAUCUGGUCCGUUUUACAUGCCGAUAGAAGGGGCAAUUUCUGUCCGUGGCAGAGGAACUGUUGUCAUUGGAACUGUGCAACAGGGUGUUAUUAAAAGAGGUGAUAGCUGAUAUUCUUGGAUUCGGAAAUGCUCUGAAAACAGCAGCAUCUGAUAUUCAGGUUUUCAAUAAAUCAGUUCCACAGUGUACUGCAGGUGAAAAUGUUGGCAUUCUUCUGAGAGGAGUGAAAUCAGAAUUUGUUCAAAGAGGA